GAUAUAGAGGGGACGAAUCACCCAAUCCAAUCCCUCCAACAGUUAUAGGAAAAGGUUGAGAUAGGGACAUAUUGAUAUCAGCAUAUCUAAAUAUGGAACUGGCGCCAAUAUUCAAGAAGGCUUACGGGCUGUUAGCUUUCGUGGGCUUUUUAUACAUCCUCGGUGUCUUCUCCCUGACAUACCCUUCCGUCCAACGAGUGGUGCUCUAUGUGAACCAAUUCAACCCUACCUACUUCCAGGAUGUCAAUGAUGCCGAAUAUUUUGGAUUCCUAAAAUCUCAAAUUCAGCCGUUUAAUAUUCGAACCCCGGAUAACGAAACCCUCUAUGCAUGGCACAUCGUCCCACCCCGUCUGUUCAAAGAUAACGAAGCAGCUUUCCUUGCCAAUGCCUCAUCAGGUCCUGCUGAGGAUGUCACCAAGACUAUUGCUUUCAACCUUCUCGCACAAGACCCCAAUGCGAGGGUCGUUUUAAACCUUCACGGAAAUGCAGCUCAUCUGGGGUCCGGAUAUCGCCCUCAAAUGUACCGCAGCUUCCUUGCAGCAUCUACCCCAAAACACCCUGUGCACGUUAUAGCAUUUGACUAUCGAGGCUUCGGAAAAUCCACAGGCUCGCCAACCGAGGAAGGUUUAAUCACCGAUGCGCUGUCACUAAUCAAUUAUCUUACCUCUCCCCCACUCUCAAUCCAUCCAUCCCGUAUCGUCGUCGCUGGCCAAAGUCUUGGGACCGCAGUCGCAGCCGGCGUCGUAGAGCGAUACACGUUCGGUGACCCCUCAUCCGUCCCGGAACCGCUGGCAGGCGUCAUUGUAUUCGCCCCAUUCUCGAACAUCCACACUGUCGUAAGCACAUACCGUCUCUUCGGAUUCUUCCCUCCGAUACUCUCGGCUUUAUCACCCUAUCCCCGGCUCCUGAACUAUAUCCUUGGCCACAUCGUAGAUACAUGGGAUUCAGCCUCCCGCUUCGCCCGACUCACUGGCGCUUUUCCUCAGCCUGGCGAUGUAGAUUCUUCACAUGCAAGCCAAGGGUUCGAUCUUGCCCUUGUCCAUGCCGUGAAUGACGCCGAGAUCCCGUGGCUAAAUGGACACGGAGUCUAUGAGGCUGCAAUAGGAGGUCCAAAUGCCCGUGUCCUAGGCAGUUACGUGCAUGAGUACGCAUCUGACGAUGAGGUCGUGCAGGUGAAAGUAUGGGAAAAGAAUUUGAGCACAAAUUCUGGUGAGAAAAGGGUGAAAAGAGUGCGGUGGGAGCGGGUCCGAUAUGGAGGACACAACGCAGUUGCGGCUACCACUACAGCUACCCUCUCAAUUAUACGGAUGUUUGAGAAAUAGACGGGGCCUAGAAGAAGACGCAAGCUAAGCGCUAGACAUCGUUCCCUCAUUAACUAGAUAAUGUGACGGACACAGGUUGCCAAAUUAAUACAUCCGUGUGCGCAUAAUUGUUUCUGAUACUACGACUCUAUAAAGGACCAUAGACAUGAUCAGAUGUUGCUUGUUUGCGCAUCCAUGGUUUUAUAACCGUCCAAUGUUCCACCAUUCGUUCUGCGAUCUGUGCGACUGAUUCUCCCAACAAAAGUUAAAGCAUUCCAUCCCCUAAACAAUUGACGGAGGAAAUAAUAAUAAUAAAAAGGAGAAGAAAAAAAACCCAAAUCUAUAUUCCUGCUUCGAACAUGUCACCAACUAUCUAUAAUCAAACAAACCGAUGAUCGUAAAGCAAAGGACAAAGAAAAUAUGAAACAAAAUGCCUAUAAUACAUGGUGAGUUUAAUGUUAUUUGGACAUGUAUAAACCAAAACUCCAAAAGGUACCUGAAGGAGAGUAGCGAGAAAGCCACGCUCCUGCGCGCAAUUAAAUAUUUUUAUCCAUGACUGUUGCUUUCCUCGCAUUUCACUAGGAAUACAGGAGAUGAGAAAAGAAGUUUUAUAUUAGUAAUUG